AUGUGCGACGACGAGGAGACCACCGCUUUGGUGUGCGACAACGGCUCAGGGCUGGUGAAAGCCGGCUUUGCAGGAGAUGAUGCCCCCAGGGCUGUGUUCCCUUCCAUCGUUGGUCGCCCGCGCCACCAGGGUGUCAUGGUAGGUAUGGGGCAGAAGGACUCCUAUGUAGGUGAUGAAGCCCAGAGCAAGCGAGGUAUCCUGACCCUGAAGUACCCCAUCGAGCACGGCAUCAUCACCAACUGGGACGACAUGGAGAAGAUCUGGCACCACACCUUCUACAAUGAGCUCCGUGUGGCCCCCGAGGAGCACCCGACCCUGCUCACUGAAGCCCCACUGAACCCCAAGGCCAACCGUGAGAAGAUGACCCAGAUCAUGUUUGAGACCUUCAAUGUCCCUGCCAUGUAUGUGGCCAUCCAAGCCGUGCUGUCCCUGUAUGCUUCUGGAAGAACCACAGGCAUUGUUCUGGACUCUGGUGACGGCGUGACUCACAACGUCCCCAUCUAUGAGGGCUAUGCCUUACCCCAUGCCAUCAUGCGUCUGGAUCUAGCUGGUCGGGAUCUCACCGACUACCUCAUGAAGAUCCUCACGGAGCGCGGGUACUCCUUUGUCACUACUGCUGAACGUGAAAUUGUCCGUGACAUUAAGGAAAAACUGUGUUACGUCGCCCUGGACUUUGAGAAUGAGAUGGCUACAGCGGCCUCUUCCUCCUCUCUGGAGAAGAGCUAUGAACUGCCUGAUGGCCAAGUCAUCACCAUUGGCAACGAGCGUUUCCGCUGCCCAGAGACACUCUUCCAGCCCUCUUUCAUUGGUAUGGAGUCUGCUGGCAUUCACGAAACCACUUACAAUAGCAUCAUGAAGUGUGAUAUCGAUAUUCGCAAGGACCUGUAUGCCAACAAUGUCCUGUCUGGAGGCACCACCAUGUACCCUGGUAUUGCUGAUCGUAUGCAAAAGGAAAUCACUGCGCUGGCUCCCAGCACCAUGAAGAUUAAGAUUAUUGCUCCCCCUGAGCGUAAAUACUCUGUCUGGAUCGGGGGCUCCAUCCUGGCCUCUCUGUCCACCUUCCAACAAAUGUGGAUCAGCAAGCAAGAGUAUGAUGAGGCAGGUCCAUCCAUCGUCCAUCGCAAGUGCUUCUAA